AUGGACCACGGCGCCCACGGCGGGCAUGGCGGGCACGGCGGAAUGGACCACUCCGAACCCAUGUGCAGCAUGAACAUGCUCUUCACCUGGGACACGGAGAACCUCUGCAUCGUCUUCAGCGGCUGGCGUGUGACCGGGACUCUAUCUCUGAUCGUCUCCCUCCUUGCCAUCAUCGUCAUGACAGCGGGGUACGAAGCUGUGCGAGAGGCGUCGAGGAGGUACGAGGCAAAAGUCGCGGCGCGGGUGGGACAGAAGGGUAGUGGAGCUCCUCCGAACCGCGAGGACACCGAUACCGAACGACGCUCACUCCUACGAUCAGGGAACCCUGCCAAGGCAGACGAAGGCAGGAUCACGAAGGCGGCGUUCUAUGCUGUGCAGGUCUUCUACUCGUUCUUCAUCAUGCUGUUGUUCAUGACCUACAACGGCUGGAUUAUGCUCGCUGUCGGCGUCGGUGCAUUCGUCGGAUAUCUCAUGUUCAGCGGCUCCGCCGCUACCAAGAGCGCUGCUUGCCACUAG